CGAUCUAUGCAAUCGCCCACUCAGUAAUACACACCACCUUCAGGUGGUCGCGACGCGUUCUCUAAAUCACUGCCCCAAACCCACCGACGAUCCACGCUACGGAUUAUGAAGGACCUUUACAGUGUCCUGGCAGUCGCGCUGCUGAUCGCGACUGUUAGCGCCCAGAAUUCGACCUCCAACUACCUUCUCACUGGUCACUCAUCCCCGCUGACCAGCAGCUUUGCCCAUCAGUUCUUCAAUUUGGCUUCCCAAUAUGGACAACAGGCUAACACCCAGGAGGUACGAGUCUACCAGGACCGAGCCUACGACGACGAACUCUGCGAUCGGGAUAUUAACUUCAUCCGGGAUUCUAUAAACAACCUGGAAGAGUGGGCUCUGGAGUUUCCCGACACAUGGGGUCGCUUGCCCAUUGGUCUCUUCUGGGGCCAUACGAUCAGCAUGGGCCAGUACGAGGAGUGCGUGGCAGCAACCAGUACCCACAGCUAUGAGGUCCGUGGACAGUACUGCUUGGCUCGCCUGGAUAUCAAAGAGUUCUACCAAUCGGUUAAGAAGCGCGGAGAAGAGUUUAGCCGUAUUAGCUAUAAGCAAACGGAUCCAGAGAUCUUCGAGCUGGGCAUCUGUGUUCCCAAGUCCUGUAGUCCUCAGAAGGCCAAUGACUUGCUCAAGAGCGUCAUCACCACAUAUUAUGGCACAAGUCUGGCCGAUCCGAACUUUGAAAUGGUCACGGAGGCACGCUGCAAAUAUGAUGCACCCAUCGAGUUACGUGGCAUUGAUAUAUUUGCGAUCGUCUUCUUCUCGCUGAUCAUCUUCUUCAUGGUGGCCAGCAGUGUUUACGAUUAUAUCCAGACCCGCAAUGGAGCUCCCAAGAAACCUCUGCUGGUGGCCUUUUCCGUGCUGACCAAUGCCCCCAAAAUCUUUACCGUAAAGAAGGUCAACAACCCGAAUGUGAUUCACUGCCUGAAUGGUCUGCGUUGCUUCAGCAUGAUGUGGGUGGUCUUUGGCCAUGGCUACAUGACCUUCUACGAUUUGCCGCACAUCAACAAGAACGCGUUCUACACCUGGGUGGAGACUCCAUACUCGAUGUUGGUCCAGAAUGGUUCCCUCUGCGUGGACACCUUCUUUUUCAUGUCCGGUCUGCUGAUGUGCUGGGGUGCCUUCCGGGAAAUGGAGCGCACUAAGGGCAAGCUGAACAUCCCGAUGAUGUACUUCCAUCGUUAUAUCCGACUCACUCCCGUGGUGGCCGUCGUUGUCCUGUACAUUAUGUCGCUCUACAAGUACUCCGGCGCCGGACCCAUGUGGUUCAAGCUUGGCACCCAGGAUCAGAGGUGCGCCGACACCUGGUGGGCCACGUUGAUCUAUGUCCAGAACUAUGCCUUCCCCUACAGCAUUUGCAUCUCUCAAUCCUGGUAUUUGGCCGUGGACACUCAGCUCUACUUCCUUUCCCCGCUGUUCCUAAUCCCGCUGUGGAAGUGGGGCAAGAAGGCCUUAAUACCCAUCGUGAUCAUCCUGAUUUUGUGCCUGGGAGGAACCUUCGCCACCUUUAUGUUGAAUGACUUUACGCUGUUCCGCGUACAGGACGAUCAGGUGGAUCUGCGCCAGAGGUUGACCUACUAUCCAACCCAUACUCGCAUUCCCACCUGGCUGAUUGGUGUGAUCUUUGGCUAUUUCCUGUUCACCCGCAACCGUGGACGUCAGAUCCCGAUGACCAAGCCAUUGGUACUGACCGGAUGGUUCGUGGCCUUUGGAACGAUGUUGGCCUGCAUGUGGGGACCCUACUGGCGCAUCCUGCCGGAUACCCCUGAUUCCCCCCUGAUCGAAGGAGCCUUCUUUGAGCCUCUCAGCAGAACUGCUUGGGCUUUGUCCAUCGGCUGGAUCGUUUGGGCCUGCUACAAUGGUCAUGGUGGUCUGGUCAAUGACUUCUUGUCCUGGGGCUUCUUCACUGGCUUCAGCCGACUGUGCUACUGCAUGUACGUGAUCCAUCGCAUUGUCCAGCUGGUCAACGCCGCUCGUCUGCAGACGGACACCCACUUCUCCAACUACGAUGCGAUCCUCCGCUGGUGGCACGACUUCGGCAUCACCCUAACCGCCUCCAUCUUCGCCACCUUGGCCUUCGAGGCCCCGAUUUUGGGCAUUGAGAAGGCCAUUUUUGGCAAGCCAGCGCCCAAGAAGCCAACUCCCGGUGAGCUGGCCAAAACUGCCCCAGUGGCACCCACUUCUGCUCCCGUUGAUCCUGCACCUGAACCUAAGCCGGUGGAGGAGGUCAAGGCGGAGAUCACGCCUACUUCCAGCAGCGAAGAGAAUCCAUCCAAGGCCUAGGCUCUUAAGCCUCGACACGAUUUUUUUUUUCCAUACGAACCAAUUUUUUGUGCGUAGUUAGUUUUAUUUAUUAAAAAUUUUU